CAAGCUUGAGAGUCGUAGCCCGAGUGCCUUUAAUGUUCGAAUGGUACCAGUAUGAGUCCUUAUAAAUACCGUACCUCUCUCUCUCUCAUGGAACUAAAUAGUGUUUCAGUGAAGGUCUAUAAAGACUCUUGCAUCUCCGGGAUAAUGCAUCUAGCUUGCAAACUCUUAGGACUUCAGGUCAAGGCCUCACUCUUUCUCUCUCUUUCCCUCUAUCUCUCAGGGGCAAUAGGGCACCUGCCCUUAUCUCUCUCCGUCAAUAGUUAGUUCAUGUGACUAUUAAUUUAUUUUUCACAUUUCGAGUCACCGGAUCAUACCUUAUCCCAAAAGCCAGGGCCUCUCUUUUUCUCAAAUCUCAAUCUAAACCCUCCUUUCACUUUUCUCCUCUCUCUCUCUCUCUUUAAUCGCUCCCAUUUUACUUUUUGCAUCCUUGAUGUAUCGGGUGCAAUUUGCAUACGGGGACGCCUCCGUAGGUGUAGAGGUUGGAUGCAAGGUAACCUGAGCACUAAAGCAAUGUGGCCGUCCUUAAUUCUCUUGUUGGCCCUAUUUUGUGAACCCAUUUCAUGCCAAUCAGUUGGAAAGAUUCAACAAAGUCCAAAAGAAGUGAUCACGGUAGAGCACGGCGUUGUAGCGACAGACAAUAUUCAAUGUUCAAAAAUUGGUAGUAGCAUUCUUCAAAAGGGGGGUCAUGCAGUUGAUGCAUCAGUUGCCGCUGCCUUCUGCCUCGGUGUUGUUAGCCCGGCAUCAAGUGGCAUCGGUGGGGGAGCUUCGAUGUUGGUUCGAUUGUCAGAUGGGCUCGUGCGUGGCUAUGACAUGCGAGAAACCGCUCCCUCUAAGGCUUCAAGGGAUAUGUUUGCACAUGAUCCCUCUGCAAAAGAACAGGGUGGACUCUCUGUUGGAGUUCCAGGUGAAAUUUUAGGUCUCUAUGAGGCUUGGCAGGCUUAUGGCAGGCUCCCGUGGUAUAGACUUGUGAAACCUGCAAUUGCAAUAGCAAGAUACGGAUACGAGAUAGAUCGUUUUCUAUAUUUUCAAAUGAAAAAUACAGAGGAGGCAAUACGCAAAGACGAGGGUUUAAGAGAGGUGUUCAUGGUGAAUGGGACACUGUUGAAGGUUGGAGAUAUAUGUCGUGAUAUUAAACUUGCAAAUACAUUGGAGAAGAUUGCAUUUUUCGGGGCGUCAGUGUUUUAUUACGGUCCCCUAGGGGCCGAUUUGAUUCAUGAUAUCCAAGAGAAAGGAGGGAUAAUCACAGUGGAAGACUUAAAAGGUUAUAAGAUUAGACACACGAAGCCAAUUUCUGCAAAGGUCAUGAAUCACGAGAUUAUUACCAUGCCUGUGCCUGCUGGAGGUCUUGGGAUGAUAAUGGUUUUGAAUGUACUUGCUCAAUAUAGAAGUGCUCAAGCCCUUACCGGUUCCCUUGGACUCCACCGAAUGGUUGAAGCAAUGAAGCACAUGUUUUCAGCAAGAAUGAACCUGGGUGACCCAGACUUUGUGGAUAUUGAGGAUGUUGUCUCUAAAAUGCUCUCCCAAAGCUUUGCAAGAGAAAUAAAGGAUAGAAUAAACGAUAGCACAACUUUUGAUCCUAGCUACUAUCUUGAUAGGUACAAAUAACUCUUAAAGCUUUUACAUUCCACAAAAGUUAAAGAAUUACAUUCAAGCAUCACCCCAGUGUGAUACUUACCAGUGGGGUUUUUCAAUUUUAUUUAGCAUGAAUUUUAACUAGCACUCAUGUUGUCAAAUAUUUUCAGAUAGGGAGAUUUCACUUUAUUUUUUCUGUAAGUUAAGACAUAGGUUGUAAUGGGCAAGGCAGCCUAGCCCAAAACAUCCAUGUUUAGAUCUCAAAUUCUAGGUCUGCUGUCCACAGGCCUGGGCAUGCCCCAACCUGGUCCGAACCCAUUAAGGGAUCCGGGCCUGGGCACCUCGAAAGAAGGGCCGAAGUCGGCCAUGACCUCUUAGGGUUGGCUUUUUUGGGUCCAAUGCCCCAACUCAGCCUGGCCCUGCCUAUGCCACCUUUAAUCUAAUUGCAUAAAACAACAAUAUGUGUUUAACAUGAAAUCAUUUGGAUUUGUAGAGAAAAGGUUAAAAUUCAAUUACGAAAUACAAUUGUGAUCAUUGGAUCCGUCCAGAUUCAAUCUGGGCCAUUGGGCUUACACUGUUCCUUGAGCCCAUGGGCUGUCAAGAGCUUUUUCCUAUAUAUAUAUAUAUGGAAAAAAUUUAUAUAAGGUUGCAACCUUAAAAUGUAUAAUUACAUAUGCCUCUAAAAAUUCUAUCGGAAAAUGAUGUUUUAAUGUUCAAAGACCCUCUGAUUCAACAUCUCAACAUUGUGAUAUAUGAAUGUAUAAAAAAACAUAUUUGAGUUGUAAAAAUAGUUUAUCUUGCAACACAUUAUCUAGACC